AGCUUUUUAUCGCUUUAUUAAUCGAUUAGGUUAACAAAAUGUUACCACUUUCACUGUUGAAAACGGCGCAGAGCCAUCCUAUGUUAGUGGAGCUGAAAAAUGGUGAAACUUACAAUGGUCACUUGGUCAGUUGCGACUCCUGGAUGAACAUCAAUCUGCGCGACGUAAUUUGCACCUCGAAGGAUGGCGAUCGUUUUUGGCGCAUGCCGGAGUGCUAUAUCCGUGGCAGUACCAUCAAGUAUUUGCGUAUUCCCGACGAAGUCAUCGACAUGGUAAAAGAGGACGCGCAAGCAAAGUCGAGGAACCGAACGGAGAUGAAUAAGAACCGCGGCGGCAACUCAUCGCAAAAUCAACGUGGCGGUGGCGGCGGAGGUCGACCAGGCGGUGGCAACCGGAACAAUGCCGGCAAUCGAAGUGGCCAAGGCUACGGAGGAGGUGCUGGUAAUAAUGCAAUGCGCCUGGGAGGGGCUGGGGGGCAACAAGGGAAUCGCCUCCCACAUGCUGCUAAAAACAAUAGGAAAUAGUUUUUGUACAGACGACGACAACCGUCGUGCUAGUAGUAAUAAAUUCCCCUCAACCAAUUAAA